AUUUCUUAUUCCGCAUUCUCGUUGGUAACAUAUUGGCGUCAAAAUGGCGGUGGAACCACUCUGGGAAGACCGAGAUGUUCGGUUUGAUGUUAGUUCAAGUCAAAUGAAAAUGCGACCAGGAGAGAAGUUGAUUGAUCAGUUGGAUGCUGUUGAGGACACAAAAGGAAACAAUGGAGACAGAGGUCGUCUGAUGGUCACAAAUUUACGGAUAAUAUGGCACUCCAUUGAAAUGCCAAGAGCCAAUUUAUCCAUUGGCUUCAACUGUGUCAUAGGAAUCUCAACUAGAACAGCACAGUCUAAACUCAGAGGCACAGUGGAAGCAUUGUAUAUUCUUUGCAAAUGUGGGUCAACUCGUUUUGAAUUCAUCUUCACAAAUUUGGUCCCUGGGUCUCCAAGACUUUUCACAUCAAUCAUUUCUGUGCAUAGAGCUUACGAGACUUCCAAGAUGUACAGGGAUCUCAAGCUGCGUGGGGCGCUCAUCAAAGACAAGCAAGUGAGGCUCCUGCCUCAAGAACAAAUCUAUGACAAAGUGAAUGGAGUUUGGAACUUGUCCAGUGAUCAAGGCAACUUGGGCACAUUCUACAUCACCAAUGUGAGGCUCAUGUGGCAUGCAAACAUCAAUGAAUCUUUCAAUGUCAGCAUCCCCUAUUUGCAAAUGAAAACUGUCAAAAUCAGAGACUCAAAGUUUGGAAUUGCUCUAGUUGUUGAAACUACACCAAUGAGUGGUGGUUACGUCCUUGGAUUCAGGAUUGAUCCUAUGGAAAAACUUCAAGCGACUGCCAAAAUGAUUCAAAACUUGCAUCGGGUGUACAGUGCAUGCCCCAUAUUUGGUGUCGAGUUUGAGGUGGAUGAAAAGCCGCAGACAUUGGAGGAGAACACGCGUGCACCAAUCCAGGAUGACGUGGAAGUGGAGUACGAUUCACAGACUGAUGCCUUUGCGGCAUACUUUGCAGAUGGUAACAAGGAGAAAGACAGAGAGCCCGUUUUUUCUGACGAACUUGGACUUGCAGUUGAAAAGUUGAAAGAUGGUUUCACUAUCUCAGGCCUGUGGGAGGUUAUAGCAUCAUAAAGAUGUGACAUGACUCAAAGAUAUACAUAUAUACGUCAUCGCUGUCACAACAAAAAUAAGUCAUUAUUAAUUUUUUUUUUGCCCACCCUGUAAAGCAGGUCAAAUGGAUUUGAGAGUUUUUCUUCUGACACUGACAAUAGUUGUCUAUACUUUUGUACUGAUAAUGUGUGAAUGAACAAAUAAGAGGAAAUUUGAGUUAAUGAGGGAGAGUUUGAUGUGUGUGUAUUUUGCUACUUGAAUGACAGUGCCUGAAGAUUAUAGGAUGAAGUGAACAGUGAGAACUUGAGAGCAUUUUUAGUGAAUGUGGUUCUUGAAUACUAUAAGAUAGUUUCUCUUGUUCUCACGGCAACGCUCCAGCACACAGAGCAAUCAUAUAAGCUACUCAGACAGUAAAGCAUUGUGGCUACGAAAUUUUCCCACAUCCACCCUAUUCACUGGAUAUAGUACCCUCUGAUUUUUUCCUUUUCCCAAAUCUGAGAAAGUCCUCAAAGGACAACAUUUUCACAUUGAUGAAGAUGCUAUAAUUGUAGUGGAGGAAUUGUUAAGUCCCGUCCGAGGUCAUAUUAUGCUCAAGGACUUUUGAAUGGAGGUCAAACGAAGAUGACAAAAGUGUUUAUUUCCAGGGUGUCUAUUUAGAAAAGUGGCAUUGUGAGAGUCGAUCUUACUUCUUUCAUAGUUCGGGUAAACACAUAAGGACACUCGUAUGCGCUAUGUGGAGACUCAGUGAAUAGAUUUUACUUAAUUAGCUUUUAACUGAUAGUAUUGCCCUCUUUGCCCUGGGCAGGACAUAAUAAAAAAAUAAAUAUUUUUUAUGCUGCAAUAUGAUAGGAUGAUAUAGAGAAAUUAAAAAUACAAAAAUGUUUUAAAAAAAUGAUUGAAUAUCCUGAUAGUCUGUUAAAUUUCAAGUUGCUAAAGAGAAAUCCAUUUUGCUUUCUUUAGUUAUAUUGCUGAGUGCAGUCCUUUAUUUAUGGUUUAAAUUUCACACAAAAAUUCUCUCAUCUCGUCUGUCUUAAGUUAAUAUGAAUGACAGGGUUGUUCAUAAUGUAUAUUUUAAAAAUAGUUAUGAAGAGAGCUAGUUGCAAUUCCUUGUGUCAAGUCUUUGACAGUGACAGUAUAGUGCUGAUUGCUCCACUAGAGUGAUUUAGUUGUUUGAUGAAAAAAAAAGUCACUGAUAAGUUUUUUGUCUGCCUUAAGUCUGUUGACAUUUAAUGCAGUGAUGUUCUGAGUGAUGAAGUUGCAACAGUUUCUCAGCACUGCACGUAUAUUGUGCGUCAUCUCAUGAAAAACAUAUCAUGUGAUUGUGAACUAUAUUUCCACCUUUAGUAGGUAUUUUUAGUAAUGAAUAUUGUAUAUAAAUUAUGUGCUGUGAUAUGAUAUAUGAAAUGAAUAAAGUUUCAACCUGGAGAAUUGGA